AUGUCGUUGGCGUUCCUGUCCAAGAAGAGCUGGCACACUGCCAAUCUACGUAAUGUGGAAAAAGUCUGGAUCGCGGAGCAAAAGCAUGCAGCGGAAGAGAAGAAAGUCGCGGAGCUGCGGAAAAAUAUCGAGCAGGAGAGGCAGCUGCAGGAGCUGCGACAGCUGCAGGCAGAUCAAGGCAACAAGUCAGCGGCAAUUGAGCGUGUCGACUGGAUGUACGAAGGACCGUCGGCAGCUAGGGAGAAGACUGCAGAGGAGUUUUUGCUGGGCAAAGAGUACAAGGGGGAGGACGAAAAGACUGCGGUAGAGGAUGUGGAUCUGAGCGCCACGACAAAGUACGGCUCCUUGGCGAUGACGAAGAGCGCCUUGCCGGUGAAUGACGCGUUCCAGCGGCUGCACGAGGAUCCGAUGAUGCUCAUUCGCAAAAGACAGCAGGCUGCUCGUGAAGAGGUGUUGAAGAAUCCAGUCAAGAUGAAGCGGAUCAAGGAUGAGGUGGAUCGUUUGAAACACAUUAAGAAAGCUAAGAAGGCCAGUAAGAAGGAGAAAAAGCAGGCGCGGAAAGACGAGAAACGUCGACUGCGGAAGAAGAGGAAGCUUUGUGAUGAAAGUGAUGGCAGUGGCGAAGAACUUGACAGGAAGACGGAGAAUUGUCAAGAGGAGGAACAUCUUAAGGUGUAUAGAGGACACGAUUGUGCUGGUGAGAGGGGAUUAGAGCAAAAAUUGGCGAGUCGGUGCAGGUCGCCAAUCCGUACGCACCAUGACGAUGAUCGGCGCCGUAGUCGUUCGCGUCGCGGCGAACGAGAACCAGAGCGCAACGAGCGUAGUUACUCUCACCGUCGAUCAGAUCGCACAAAUUCACGUCGGUACACCAGUGAGCGUGGACGAGAAGAGAGAUCACCGAGAGGCCAACGUAGUUCGAAACAUCGUCAGAGUCGCAGUCCUCAGCGAGAUCAUGACGCCUUUGGUCGCGAAUUACCUCCUCCAUCUCAACAAAGAGACCGCUCCGCGGGUCGCCAUAGGAACACGCGGCCCGGGCAGGACUCUAGACGGAACACAGGUCAUCGUUACGAGAAUUGGUCAGAGAAAAGCUGCUCCCGAAGUCCAGUAGCCCGGUACUACAGGCGUCGGUCUCGCAGCUCUAUUGACCGACGAGAACGACACCGCUCUCGUAGCUUGGGCGAUUGUCCAGAUAGAAGACGCUCGCGUAGAUCUGGUGAGCGUCACGAGGAAGAGCGUCCUGGGCUUGAGCGCACUCGUCGGGAUCGAAGCAGCCGGCAAGAUGUGUCGAAAGCGCAAGCGAACAAAUCUGUUGAGGUACGCGGGCACGACGAGUCUCGCACAGAGCCAGAAUCGAGACGCAAACCUGUCGACACGGAGGGAAAAUACGGUCUCAUUAGCACAACAGACGCAGUGGAAUUGAAAGAUGUCGAUAAGACGUCAUUGGGGCCGAGUGCCAAGCACUUGGAAAAGGCUCGGGAGGUCAAACGGCUCGAAGAAGACGAGCGCCAGCGAAAGCUAGGUAAGUCGUCGUGUAAGGAAGCGUCGAAGCUGACAAACGAGGAGAAGAAGCAAAUGGCUCAGCAGAUGGUGGAAGAUGCCAAGAAGCGUGAUGAGUACAUGAAGCGGCGUGCAACGCUGAAGAAAGACGAGCUGGGCAAGCUUGAGCAAGAUGCCACAAGCAGUAAUCCGGAUUUUCUCAGGAAACUGCGGUCGGAAGCAUAUCUGGACAGCGAGAGUAGCAUGAGCGACCGGCUUCACAGAAAUGCUCAUUACAUACAGAGAAAAGCUGACGCCUCCAACUUUCUUACGAAGUAG